AUAAUAUGCUCGUCAUGACUAAACAUAUUUCAAGUUGAGUUAUCUAAUGAAAAUAUAUAUUUCCUAGUUCAUGAAAAAUCAACCUUCUUAAGCUUAACUGAGUAUUAUGGUUUUUUUUUUUUUUUUGUAAGGAUAAUAAUUGAUAUAUACGGCGGGUCUCUCGUUGACUUUUGAUGGUGUUUUGACUUUGCAUAGUAGCUAAUAUAAUAAAUCACUUAACUAUCAAUUUAUUUAAGUUUGGUCUUAAGACUUUACCUCAGAAUAAUUAUUUUUCGUCUUUAAAUGAAAACUUCAAACUUCAUCACAUCAAAAAUCUUAAACCCAGUUUUGAUUGUCCUUUUUUUUCCUUGUUUUUCAAGAAACCAGACGAAAAUGGAAACGUUUCGUUUCCUUUAUUUGGCUUUAUUUGCAUUGUGUCUCAUCGUUUCGGUUCUUGCACAAGACCAAUCAGGUUUCAUAAGCAUCGAUUGUGGAAUUCCAAGUGGAUCAUCGUACAAAGAUGACACAACGGGUAUAAACUACGUCUCAGAUUCAUCCUUUGUCGAAACCGGAAUCUCCAAAUCGAUCCCUUUCACAUCUCAAAGACAGCUUCAAAACCUGAGGAGCUUUCCCGAAGGUUCAAGAAACUGCUACACCUUGAUUCCAGUACAGGGGAAGGGCAGGAAAUAUCUCAUAAGAGCUAGUUUCAUGUACGGUAACUACGAUGGAGAAAAUGAUUCACCCGAGUUUGAUCUGUUUCUUGGUGGUAAUAUUUGGGAUACCGUCUUGCUCAGCAACGAGUCAAGCAUUGUUUCCAAAGAAGUCGUUUACUUGAGCCAAUCUGAGAACAUAUUUGUGUGUUUGGGAAACAAAGGCAAAGGAACCCCAUUUAUCUCGACUUUAGAGCUUAGGUUUCUCGGGAACGACAAUACGACAUAUGAUUCUCCAAACGGUACUCUGUUCUUCUCCAGACGCUGGGACUUUGGCUCUCUCAUGGAUUCACCUGUUAGAUAUGAUGAAGAUGUGUACGACAGAAUCUGGAUACCUCGCAACUUUGGCUAUUGUAGAGAGAUCAAUACCUCACUUCCAGUGACCUCAGACAAUAAUAGUUACAGCCUUUCAAGUUUGGUGAUGAGCACAGCCAUGACUCCAACAAACACAACAAGACCCAUCACAAUGACUUUGGAAGACAGUGAUCCAAAUGUCCGGUACUUUGUUUACAUGCACCUCGCUGAGGUCGAAGAUCUUAGUCUCAAACCAAACCAAACAAGAGAGUUCGACAUCGGCAUUAACGGAGUGACAGUUGCUGCUGGCUUCAGCCCCAAGUAUCUUCAGACAAACACUUUUUUUCUAAACCCUGAGAGCCAAUCCAAGAUUGUGUUUUCGCUCGUGCGAACCCCAAAGUCCACUCUUCCGCCAAUUGUUAACGCUCUAGAGAUCUACAUCGCAAAUAGAGUCUCACAAUCUCUCACUAACCAAGAGGAUGGUGAUGCGGUUACGAGUCUAAAGACGAUUUAUAAAGUGAAGAAGAACUGGCAAGGAGAUCCUUGUUUGCCUAAUGACUACAUUUGGGAGGGCCUUAAUUGUAGUUAUGAUAGUCUUACUCCUCCCAGAAUCACAUCACUGAACUUAUCAUCAAGCGGGUUAACGGGUCAUAUAUCUCCCUCAUUCUCUAACCUCACAAUGAUUCAAGAGCUAGACUUAUCAAACAAUGGCUUAACCGGAGACAUUCCAGAGUUCCUGUCAAAACUGAAGUUCUUGAGGGUUUUAAAUCUAGAGAAAAACAAGCUAACCGGUUCAGUUCCAUCCGAGUUAUUAGAAAGAUCAAACAGCGGAUCAUUCUUGCUAAGGGUAGGAGAAAAUCCAGGACUCUGUAUCGAGAUUUCUUGCAGAAAAAGUAACAGCAAAAAACUCGUGAUCCCGCUUGCCGCAUCACUUGCAGCAUUGUUCAUCCUCUUGUUAUUCUCUGGUGUGUUUUGGAGAAUCAAAAACCGGAGAAACAAGUCCGUACAUUCCGCGGUGGACCACAGAGCUCCAACCAGUCCAAUGGCGAAAUCGGAGAACAAAUUACUGUUUACCUUUGCAGACGUUGUAAAGAUGACAAAUAACUUCGGUCACGUCCUCGGCAAAGGAGGUUUUGGUACAGUCUACCAUGGCUUCUAUGACAACCUUCAAGUCGCUGUUAAACUUUUAUCAGAAACAUCAGCUCAAGGUUUCAAAGAGUUUCGCUCGGAGGUCGAAGUUCUUGUGAGGGUUCAUCAUGUAAACCUCACUGCACUGAUCGGUUAUUUCCAUGACGCUGAUCAAAUGGGAUUGAUAUAUGAGUUCAUGGCUAACGGCAACAUGGCGGAUCAUCUCGCGGGGAAGUAUGAGCACACAUUGAGCUGGACACAAAGGCUUCAGAUUGCACUUGACGCAGCACAAGGGCUUGAGUAUCUUCACUGUGGAUGCAAACCUCCGAUAGUUCACAGAGAUGUGAAGACUUCAAACAUAUUGUUGAACGAUAAAAACAGAGCAAAGCUUGCAGAUUUCGGACUGUCACGGAGUUUUCAUACAGAGAGUCGUUCUCACGUAUCCACUCUAGUCGCUGGAACUCCUGGAUAUCUCGAUCCGCUAUGCUUUGAGACAAAUGGGUUAAACGAGAAGAGUGACAUUUACAGCUUUGGAGUUGUUCUAUUGGAGAUGAUUACAGGCAAAAGCGUGAUCAAUGAGACACAAACGAAGCGUGUUCAUGUGAGUGAUUGGGUGAUAUCGAUCUUGAGGUCUACGAAUGAUGUGAACAAUGUUAUAGACUCGAAGAUGGCAAAAGAUUUUGAUACAAACUCUGUUUGGAAAGUUGUGGAGCUUGCUUUGGCAUCUGUUUCGCAGAAUGUCUCUGAUAGGCCAAACAUGCAACAGAUUGUUAGAGGAUUGAAAGAGUGUCUUCAAAGAGAAGAGGGUAACCACAAUUAUUGAUGCCACAACGUAAUGGUGUAGAAGGCUUUAUUAAGUUUGUGUUAGGGUUGUUUAUAUAUUUAUUUUUGGGAAGGCUUUUUAAGUUUGGGUUGUCGUCUCUAAAGCCCAAGUCAUAAUGGGAUAAACUCUUCUUAUUUUCAGCUGUUUGGUUCGCUUUUUUAAGGAUUUUGGUGAAAUUAUCUAUACCUAAAAAUUACUGUA